CGCCUCUCUCUCGAUGCCUAUGUUUCAUUUCUUCGCCAAGCCACUUCGUCACGCUUGUGCCUAGAAAAGUAAUCACCUUAUUUAAGCCUCAACAGAGGCUGCACCGAGUGCAACCUCGGUCCAAAAAGUUCGGCAACAGACCUCCCAACAGAGCACGGCACGGCGCUUCCGAACUACCGUCGGCGACAUGGCGUCUUCUCACCAGAAACCUCUCAGCGGAGAUGACGGGGCCGUCGCGUCCCACAGAACCGACGCGACGGAAACGACGCCGUUGCUGGCCGUCGGCGACAUCGCCCCGACCGCUGACCCGGACGUGUCCAAGGCGACGACCCUCAACGAGCCCGACCGGCGGGAUGACGACCCGGAGGACAAGCCGCUGCCGGGCUGGCAGAUCUUCCUGCUGUGCUACGCCCGGCUGGUCGAGCCCAUGGCCUUCUUCUCCAUCUUCCCGUACAUCAACCAAAUGGUCCAGGAGAACGGCAACCUCCCCAUCCCGGACGUUGGCUUCUACAGCGGCCUCAUCGAGUCGCUCUUCUCCCUGACCCAGGCCAUCGUCAUGAUUUACUGGGGCAAGCUGUCGGACCGCGUCGGCCGCAAGCCCGUCCUCGUCUUCUCCCUCGUCGGCGUCACCUUCGCCACCUCCAUCUUCGGCAUGGCCCAGACCAUCUGGCAGAUGGUUCUGUUCCGCUGCCUCGCCGGUGUCUUUGGCGGUACCAUCGUCACCAUGCGCACCAUGAUCGCCGAGCACAGCACCCCGAAGACCCAGGCCAGGGCCUUCAGCUGGUUUGCCUUCAGCGGCAACCUUGGCCUCUUCCUAGGACCCCUCCUGGGCGGUGCGCUCGCCGACCCGGCGCACCAAUAUCCAGGAGUCUUCAAGGGCCAAUUCUUCCUCGAUUACCCCUAUGCACUUCCGAGCUUUGUUGUCGGCUCCCUUGGCUUGACAUCCGCCCUGACCAGCUUCUUCUUCGUCGAGGAAACCCUCAAGAGGGAGCGUCAUGACGAGGGUGACAAUGGGUCGACGGCGCCCAAAAAGGACACCCCAUCCAUUGCGCAACUCGUCAAAUCCAAGGGCGUGGGCAAGGUCCUCUACGUCUAUGGCUAUAUCAUGCUCCUUGCCAUCGCAUACACCGCCAUCGUCCCCGUCUUUUGGUACACGCCCGUCGAGCUUGGCGGCUUCGGUUUCGUGUUCCUGCAAUUCUCAAUCAUGAUGGCGGUCAACGGCAUCUCUCAGGCCCUGUGGCUCUUGAUCGUCUUCCCGCCUUUGCAGCGCCGCAUCGGGACCAACGGCGUCCUGCGCGCCUGCGCCUACGCCUACCCCUUGUUCUUCCUCCUCUGCCCGCUCGGCAACCUUUGUCUCAAGGCUGGCGUCGACGACCCCAGCCUGGUUACCUUAUUCUGGAUCAUCGCGCCCAUCGGUCUUGCCAUCGGCAGCGGAGUGAGCAUGAGCUUCACCGCCGUCCAACUGGCCCUCAACGAUGUGUCGCCCAGCCCGCAGGUCCUCGGUACGAUCAAUGCUCUGGCGCUGACCGGCACGAGCGUCAUCAGGUCCUUCUCACCAGCCUUGUUCGCGAGUCUUUUUGCCGUUGGGGCGGGGACGCAGGCUCUCGGCGGCUACGCCAUUUGGGUUCUGAUGAUUGCCCUUGCGAUCGGUUUAAUCUUCAUCGUGAGACAGCUCCCUGACAAUGAGGACCUAGAGGCAUCUAGAGAGCAAGAGCAGGCCCAGCAAGAGCAGUAGGCCUUCUGGACUCUACACCUAUACAGCAAACUUAUCGAAAGCUCAUUGCUGUAAGCUAAACCUAUUGGCGCAAGACGUUGUUAGAUCAUUGCCAUCAACUGGGGGCGCAUGCCGGUAAAAAGGACCUGUAAUGUAUAUCUUUGUUCAGAAAAAUAGUCCUCGGCGGGGAAGAGCCAGCCAUGGAUGCAUGUGUAUAAAUAGAGCUGUACGUACAAUGUUUUCUUUGACUUGUGAAGAGCUUUGCAGUAUCUAGAUGUCGUUCUUAUAUCUUUUGACUCAAUGCGGUUAGCAAGAUGCCAUCAAAUCAACCGAUUUAGCAUUGUUUCCUAUAAU